CCAGGCAAACACUCAUCUCUCCGUGGUUUUGUGCAUCUAGAUCUGGCAAGACAACUCCUCUCUCCCUCUCCCUACAAAAAGUGAGCGAACUAGCACAGAGGGACUUAAAGAAGGCUGGAUAUCAGCUGUGGGACAUUUCAGCAGGUCCAGUAAUGGCCUGGAUCAGCAAUUCCUCCUGGUUUAAUCACCUUGCUCUGCAGGAACAUUUCAGGAGGUACUUAAACAGCACUGAGGAUUAUUUAGCCUUCCUAUGCGGGCCCAAACGCAGCCAUCUGUUCUUGCCCGUGGCUCUGGUGUACUCUGUCAUCUUCGUUGUUGGGGUGAUUGGUAACUUCUUAGUUUGCCUGGUGAUCCUUACUCACCGGAACAUGAAGACCCCAACCAACUACUACCUCUUCAGCCUCGCCGUGUCAGACCUGCUCGUGCUACUUUUUGGGAUGCCUCUGGAAGUCUACGAGAUGUGGAGCAACUACCCCUUCUUGUUCGGUCCCAUCGGCUGCUAUUUCAAGACAGCUCUCUUUGAGACGGUGUGCUUCGCCUCCAUCCUCAGCGUCACCACAGUCAGCGUGGAGAGAUACUUUGCCAUCCUCCAUCCCUUCCGUGCCAAGCUGGAAAGCACUCGCAAGCGUGCCCUGAGGACCAUCGUGGUGCUCUGGGUCCUCUCCAUCCUCUUUGCCCUCCCCAACACGGGCACCCAUGGUAUCAUGCUGCAGUAUUUCCCCAACGGCACCCUGGUCCCUGGCUCUGCCACCUGCACUGUGGUUGUGCCCAUGUGGAUCUACAACUGGAUUGUCCAGAUUACUUCCUUCCUCUUCUAUGUGCUGCCUAUGGGGGUCAUAAGUGUGCUGUACUAUCUGAUGGGGCUAAGACUGAAAGGAGACAGAUCUUUGGAUGCAGAGGAAAUAUCCGUGAACGUUCAGAGACCAUCCAGAAAAUCAGUCACCAAGAUGUUGUUUGUUCUUGUGAUGGUUUUUGCUGUUUGCUGGGCUCCAUUCCAUAUAGAUCGCCUUUUCUUCAGCUUUGUUGUGGAAUGGACUGAGCCUCUGGCUAAUGUAUUCAAUUUAAUUCAUGUGGUGUCAGGUGUUUUCUUCUACCUGAGCUCUGCUGUGAACCCCAUCAUCUACAACCUGCUGUCCCAGCGCUUCAGGAUGGCGUUCCUCAGCGUCAUCUCCCCUGGCUGCAAGCACUGGGCCUCUAAGCAUGCUGCCAGCAAGACUCCUGCCCAGCAGAGCAUCUUCAUGAUUGAAGACCACAAUCUCGUGGACUCUGCAGAAGACACAAGUGUGCCUGGCACCAACAGGACAUCUGUCAGCAGUUCUCAGCUCUCCACUGGACUGUGAUUUGCCAUGGUGUGAUGCAUCCAAGGGAGGGAAGCUGAAGAAAAUGACUGUGGGAAAUAGAAAGGGAAGACAGCCUCCUGGAAGACUGAUUUCAGCAAGAAGAGUUUGCAGACUGACAUGUUGAGUGAAUGAAUGAGGAGGCUCGUUAGCAAGUUAUUAAUCAUAGAACUAUGGAAUAGUUUGGGUCGGAAGGGACAUAUUUUAUUACCCUGAAGAUAACUGGAGGGCUGGAAAUCUCAGCUUCCUGGCUGCAAACUCUGCAGCAAAGACUUACUCUACAAAAGUACACACUCCCAAUGCUACCAGCACAGGAGAGACACAGCUUAUUCAAAUCUUACACAAGAGCCUUUGUGUGUGCCAGCCUGAAGGUCAGCUCUUACUCAGCUUAAACUGGGGCAACUUUCUAGACAAGCCCCACCUGCCCUCAUCUGGCUUAACGAAGCUGCUCUCAUUUAUCUCUCCUCUAGCCUUGAGAUGCAGCUGUUGCCUCUCCUGGCAGUAUGAUCAAGUAUAUAUGAAUGAGCCCUGGGCUGGGCUGAUAAACAUCAGGCACCAGCAUCAAGAAACUGCUAUUUCUGGGCCUAAGGAAAGAGGAACCAAAAACUACGUAAAGCAAACUUUUGCUUUCUGAACUAAGUAAACGUGUGUGUGUGUGUGUGUGUGUGUGUGUGUGUGUGACUGAUCCCUCAAAUCACUUUGUCAAAAACUACCCUAACAUGGGUUAUUUCUAAAAAGUCUACAAGUUGCUGCUGUCCCUCCUCACACCAUGGUUGGCAAUAGUCAGACUGCUGAAAUAGUACAUGCAUGCCACAAGUAUGCAUUACCUGUGAAAUGACCAUUCCUGGAGGCUGACAAUGUUCCCUUGUCUGAAAUGGGGAUACUGGAGGGUACCUCAAAGGUCUGCAGCCUUCGCAGGUUAGUUCUGUGCAUAUUUUUGUCCAUUUGAACUGAGUUGAGUCUGACUGUGUGCAGGUGGGCUAUGGUUGGUCCCUGCUGUACCCCAUGUCCUGCAGUUUGCAGCAGCUUCUUAUCCUUAUGUGUUGUCGCUGCCAGAGAAGCCCUGUGGCUGUGCUUCAGCAAAACUUACACCUGCCCAUGGUGGACUGCAGAGGUCAGAGAUCUAUGAAGGCUCAGCAACCACCAGGGAACAGCCUGAAAAGCACAAGAAUAGGGCAAACCUGCAGGAUCAUAGAAGCUGUUAUAAAGACAAUAAAAAAAGGAGUAUUUUGCAACAGUUUUGCAUCUACUAAAUUCAGGUUUUGCCAAAAGCACAAUAUAAGGUCUAGGAAACUCUUCUGCACCACAAUAAUGCAAAAAGAUCCUGAAGGCAGCAUACUUCCAUCCAAGUUGAUGACCUCAUGAGCUUUGCUGGAUGUGAGAUGAGGACCCAAAGGAGUUUUGGGGAAGGAGGCCAUGGUGAAUCCUUCACAUGAGAAAGAAUUUUAUAAAGUGCUGUGUCUCAAGUUGCAAAGAACAUUUGCUGUGUUUCAGAGAAAUGCCUCUCUUGUGAAUCAUGGUACAGGGGUUGGUUUAGCCAGCACGACUAGCCGGCUCAGGCUUGGCAUGGAAAAUCAUCCUCUGUGUACCAUCAUGGGGCUGGGACUUCCAUAAAGAGUCAUCACAGUGAAUAAGGACAUCAGCUUCUGAAAGAUAGCAUACUGUGUGUCAUCAAAGCUCAUUCCAGUCUGGUCACUGCGGAUCUAGAUGACAUUACCCCCCAUAGAGGAAUGGGUUAUACUCCUGCUACAGUGAGCUCUUACCUUGUUUCCCCAAAAGUCUUUCAUUUUGCUUAUGCCUGCUGGUAGCAGUAAGACGUGGGGGUCACACUGCAGCUGGUGACUCCCAUUUUCCUGCAACUCAGGGGGAAUUUUAGCUCAUGUUUCCUAACAGAGCCAUUUUACCUGCAGUCUUGAGAAACAGCCGAAGAAAAGGUAAGAGACAAGCACAAGGCCCUGGAGAGAAAAGACAAUUCCAGCUCCCUAAAGACACAGCUGAAAUACUUUGCCACCCCCAAGUGGACACUCCAGCACUUCCCAGCUGUAGCCAGCUUUGCAUUAUCAUUUUUCCCUCUACCAGUCAGUAAAUUAAGUCUGUUUUCCUACUCCCAUUGAGGGGCUGGGAGUUCUUCCCUCACCCUACACAGCACCUGAGCAAAACCAUAACUGAUCCCAGUGCAUCCACCCGAGCUGCAUGUCCCUAAAAGCAUGUCUUCUGCACUGUCCUACACCCCAAACCAGUGAACUGAGAGUGUAGUUCAACAUACUCACACAUCCAUCAUACGAUAGAGACACUUCUCUGCAAGAUAUUGUGGCUCUUUGAGUGCAUUUCGUUCAUUUAGGUCCAGUGUCUUGAGUUCUCCUCCCUUUAUGGAAGAUCAUAACCGUGGCUACAAAGCUCAAAGAUGUGAAAUGUAUCUCUGUCUUGUGAGCACAUAGACCUGCAGGUGAGAUGGGAAGCUGUAGGAUGAAGAUUUUGUGCGGUCUUAUAAAAAGUGGCCACAUUUUUAUUCCUAAGGAGAACAAAAGGCUUUGGGAAGAGGGGACAAGUGGUAGGGAUAAAAAGCGUGCACCAAGAGGGAAAUUUUGAAACAGAGGAACUAAGAAUCAAGUGGCCAGGAACUCACCUUCAGUUUUGUACAAAAUAUCUUCUUUUCGGUCUAAAAGCAGCUUUUAGCACACUGAGUUUGGCAUCACUCAGAAGAAGACAUGCUUGUAACCAAAAAUUAUUGAGCUUUUGCCUUGCAUCAACACAAGCAUUCCUUGAAAAUGUCAUUUGGGGACAUGCUGAAAUUCUGCUAGUUUUGUUAAAAAAGUAAAUAAAUGCAGUGAACAAAUUGUGGGCUGAUUUGAGGAUGAAUGCCCCAAAAAUUCUUCUUCUAAGACAGCACAGCCCAGUGCCCAGCUUGAUCCCAAGUGAGGGUUCCUAAAGGGAAGUAAAUGCAUUUUGUCCCUAAGAAGUGUUCAAUGUCCACUGGCGGCUUUUCUUCCCAAGAGGUCGGUGUCUGAGUGUUAUUUAUCGCUCUGCCCUGUUAUUUAUCCUAGCUUGGAAGCUGGACACAAGCGUGAAAAUACUGGGAAGAUAGAUAGACAUGUCAUGAAAGCCCAUGAUAAUCCUUUAUUUGUACGUUUAGCACUUCCAUAGCCAAGUGCUGAAAAAUGCUCGUAAAUGGAUGAGAUCAACUCCUGCUGCAAGAAAAAGAGUUACAACUCACUUUCCCCCAAAGUGUGAUGAAAAUAUAUUUAUUUGAAGUCAAGCGUGACUUCCUAGGCAGAACUACCUAUUGAUUUAUUUCUCUGCCUCUCUUCCCCUCUGGGAAACACGCGAGUGAAUGAGCAUGGGGCAACGCUCCAGCACUGUGAGCAAAGCAUGGGCAGUUUGCAGUGUGUUGUAGGGAAGUGCUUAAAGGAGAGAAGAAUUGCCUGUGUUGUAAAGAGAUACCCAGGUCCAGUGCCAAGUUUGAUAGUGAAAAAACAUCUUGACAGCCAAGUGACUCUACUGAGUUUAUAUGAAGAGGU